GUCACCGAUGUGCGUCUCUUUUCAUAUAUACCGUACGAUAUAAUGGACUUUACCUGUAGCCAUCAUCGGAUCAUUAUUCUCUCCUCCCAUCUCUGCUCCUCGACCCAAUCCAGGGAGAGGAUCGAGGGUGCUGUGGCCUCUCAUGGACCUCACACAGGCGGACCCCAUCAAUGGGUCCGAUGGAUGACUCAACCCUGAGAAGAGAUUCAUCACCCCGAGCUGUUAAAGACCGGUCCGGUCCGGUCCGGCCCGGCCGGUUGUUGUUCUCGAACGUUCUCCCGUGCGACGCUCUUGGUCGGAUAACUUAUCCCCUCGAGCACAACAACAGAUGCACACUCGGCGCUCUCCUUGUUGCUCCUAGCCAGUAUUGCCGUCUGACUUGUCCGCUAGAUUACGGCCCCUCGCGAGACAGCGCACCGCGAUCCCCGAGUCGGUUCCCUAUCACCAACUACAACACCAGGGGGGGCUCAUCUCAACCAUUGCGCACCGUAGGAAGCGAAACGAUAUAACCCCGCUUCCCCCAAUGGAAGAGCGGCACGCGAGAAACUCCGUUGGAAGGAAGCACCCGAGAGCGGAGCGACAUGGAGGAAACCCUCGAUCUCCACCCGACGCGACCGUCCUCCUCCUGCUCCACCACCGCCUGCCGCGGCCUCUUCACCGCCACCGAGCUCGCCGCAGCGGAGCUGCUCGUCCAACUCAGCGGCAGCAGCGCCUCCUUCUCCGCCGCCGCGACAGCGGAGGAUCGCGCCUCGUCGUCGUCGCCCCGGUCCGUGAACGCGCGGCCGCCGCCCGAAACAACGAUCCUUCCUGAGAACGAGGAAGAAGAGGAGACGGGGCCGUGGAGGAGGAAUCGGCGGUACCGCCCGAUCGCCGACCUCUACGCGGUCACGCUCCCCGCCGUGAAGAGGUGCGGCGAGCAGCGGCGUGAAAGGAAGAGAAGGAUGAAGGAGAAUUAAGUCCAUGAUGAUCGCUACUUUCGGUGGUGUGCAAUAGAGGAGAGGGCGUCGAAGAGUUGAUGCCGUCUCAGCCCCCAGCGAGUUUGGGGUUUAAUCGGCUUUGAAUUGGGUUGCUAUGUGUAUCAGAGACGGACUAAUAUGUAAAUACAUGUUGUGGAAUGAAGGCAAAAACACCAGCCUUUGGUGAUCCGUGGAGCA